CUCCAACAUCAGCAUUCACUCUUCAGCUUGAGCACACUUCCGUCGCAAAGUCUUCGAUAUGCAAGUCGCGUUGCCCAUCGGUCGAAACAGAAUACGCCUCUGUUUCCCGGAACCUCUGGAAUGCGUCUAGUCCCGGAUAAAGGGUCGAAUACACCCUCUCAGAAGUCGCUCCAAAGAUCGCAAGAACAAGACGAAGCGAGGUCUCCCCUCGAACGUUUUCGAGUAAAGCCAAAGAAACCGUUGUCUGUCACUGACCUCGUCUCGCCGGCAUGGUGUGAAUUACAGUACUGGUACACAUUGACCAGAUUUGGACGAAAGCCACAAACGGAGGCGAUGAGACAAGGAUCCAAGGUGCACAAAACCUUGGAAGAGCAGGUGCAUUCAUUCAUACCUGUGCGUGUCGAAAGUAAAGAGGAUGCCUUCGGACUUCGAAUGUGGAAUACAAUACAAGGUCUGCGGACCUUGCAGGAAUUUGGCUUUACACGCGAACUGGAAGUCUGGGGCACGGUUCACGGACAGGUGGUCAACGGUGUAAUCGACGAGAUAUCGUACGCCUGCCCAGACCCUGAACUGGAGGAGGGUCUUGAGCAGUCGAAAGUGGAUGAGCAUUCACAUCAGUCGGAUCCACAUCGGACAAAUGCAGUGGAAGGUUGCCCUGCUAGGGAAACACCCGAAAUCCCUAGCAUGAUUCCCACUCGUUCCACUAGAAGAGUAUACAUAACGGAUGUUAAGACCAGAGGCGUGAGGUCAUUGCCAAUCGGCGCGAGGCUGAGGCCAACGCGAAUGCAGCUCAUGCUUUACCAUACAAUUCUAGGGUCUCUCGUAGCAGGUACUGUAGAUCCUCACAUUGUACUAGAGCGGUACAGUCUUCAGCCCCACCAAGACUUAUCUGCGACCCUCAUUCAAGAGUUCGAAGGGCUGGAGCUUUCACCGGACGAAAUCAAGCACUGUAACCACCCGACAGUUGGAUCAGAGCGGAAUUACACCUUGUCUAUUCUCUGGGACAUGAUGGUGGCUGAGUGCAGGAGGUCCAUCAGCGACAUCAGCGACAUCAUGCGAGCGGAAUUCCGCCUCAAUACGACGGGGGAUGUGAUUGGAAAUGAGAUCUUCGUAUUUGACGAGAAGGCUCUUGAGAGCUACGUGAGCGACGGAAUGGCAUGGUGGAAAGGGGAGCGAGCUGCCAGGGGAGUCGAAAUCGAAGAAGCGUACAAGUGUAGAACAUGUACCUUUGCUGAUGAGUGUUCAUGGAGGAAGAUAAAGAUUGAAGAAGCCACAGAGAGACAUAAACUCAGGAGGGCUACUAGAGAUCGAUCAAUCAUAUGAGUUUGCUCCUCCUUUACCACCCAAGACUUGAAACAACGCACUCGCGUAUAAGUCCACUGCCAUCUCAGAUACAAAUGAACUUGUUGAAUCAUUGUCCAGCGAAUCAUUGCAUUUCGCGGUGGUGCAAAUUGUCUUCCGCCAAUAUUCGGGAUCAUGAUGUAGGUUUCCUAUUAUGUAC